UUGAACUCACAACCGCGUGUUCUCAGUCUCAGUUAGGUUGUACACUUGUCAAUACCUGCCUGUUCAUUGAAGUUGUGUGCCCAAAAUUGAUGUCUCUCGAACACAGUAUUCCUGCGUGGUGCACAGUAGUUGUCCAAUGCCUUCAUCACCUCGGCCAGUUUCUUGUUUUCUGGGUCGGCAUAUGUGUUCUCCAUCGUGUUGUAUAUCUCCAGCUCGUCUAAAAACUGCUAUUUUCCUAGCCGUGGGCUUGUCAUUUAUCCCUCUGGCUAAGUAGUAGAAGUUCAGUCUUUGUUUACAUUUCUUGCAAGGAUUCCAGUCAAUAACAACGGAGAAGGUGGUGUAAACGACUGCAUUGCUGCUCAUCCCAAACUACAUAGUUAUUGGGACUGCGUUGAACCAUUUGACUCUGCGCUGAUUUCCGGUCAAGUUCAAACCGAAUGUACCUAUUUUAGAAAACUCAAAGGACUAUGCAUUUCAGGGAUGGAUGAAUAAAACCAGAACAAACAUCUGCUCCUGUAACACAGUACUAUCAUACAAGGUUCGCCUAUCUUGAUAUGACAAUGGUGUGAAGUGGCCCUCAGGGAAGAAGAACACAAGUCCCUCAGGUGUCCCACUGUCCUCUUCAUCGCUCCAUGCCCCGCUAAGAAGACAACACAGUGUUCCACUUGUGGAAAGAAGAGUUUUGCACCCUCUUUUUGCUCUACCGUUUCUUUCUCGCCAUGGGGGGUGCAGUGAGCGCCGGGGAGGACAACGAUGAUCUGAUUGACAACCUGAAGGAGGCGCAGUACAUCCGUACAGGUCGCGUGGAGCAGGCCUUCAGGGCCAUAGACCGCGGGGACUACUACCUGGAUGGCUACAGGGACAAUGCCUAUAAGGACCUGGCGUGGAAGCAUGGCAACAUCCACCUUUCUGCCCCCUGUAUCUACUCUGAGGUGAUGGAGGCUCUGAAGCUCCAGCAGGGACUGUCCUUCCUCAAUCUGGGCAGUGGGACUGGAUACCUCAGCACCAUGGUGGGACUCAUAAUAGGUCCAUUUGGUGUGAACCAUGGAGUGGAGCUCCAUACGGAUGUGGUGGAAUACGCCAAGGAGAAACUAGAUGACUUCAUCAAGAAUAGUGACAGCUUUGAUAAGUUUGAGUUCUGUGAACCCAUCUUUGUGGUGGGCAACUGUCUGGAGAUCUCGUCAGACAGCCACCAAUACGAUCGUAUCUACUGUGGUGCGGGGGUGCAGAAGGAUCAUGAAAAUUACAUGAAAAUCCUGCUCAAAGUUGGGGGUAUUCUAGUGAUGCCUAUAGAGGAUCAGCUGAUACAGAUCACCAGGACUGGUCAGUGUUCCUGGGAGAGUAAGAAUAUCCUGGCCGUGUCAUUCGCUCCUCUGGUCCAGCAGAACAGAGCUGAGGGAAGCAAGCCUGAUGCUGUAGAGCUCCCCCCAGUGACAGUCAGGAGCCUUCAGGACCUGUCUCGCGUCUACAUCCGCCGCACCCUCCGAGAUCUGACCAAUGAAGAAUGUCCUGACAAAGGUCUGGUGCAGAGGGCGCCCCAGAAACGCAGGCGCAGGCGUUGCCGGCUGCGACGCAUUAACACGUACGUCUUUGUGGGUAACCAGCUGAUCCCCCAAGCCAUGGAGAGCGAGGAGGAUGAACGGAUUGACCAGGAGCAGCACAAUGAGGACCAGGAGCAGCAAGAGGCGCAGGAGAAGGAGCAGCAGGAGAAGGAGCAGGAGGAAGAGGAGGAGGAGAGAGACAUUGGCAGCGUUGAGAUACUAAAGGCAGUGAAUGUGCUGAGAGACAAAAUCAUGACUUUACCUCUGCCUGAAUCGCUGAAGACCUAUUUGUUAUACUACAGAGAAAAAUGACUGACUGCUCAACCUGCUGGCAUCCGUUCUCAUGGAUACCAUGCCUGCUGAGAUGCUUUUCUUCAUUCUCCUGUUUUCUCUUUUUUCAGUACUGAAUGAUGUAGUAUUCUUUUUUUCUUCAAUAUGAACAUGGAAUGGACACUGAGACUUCCUGGGUCGUCUUGGAUCAUUUUCUAUAGUUACUAUGAUAUGGUUAUGUUAGUUUUUAUGUUAUCGAUUGUUUUUUGAAUUUGUAUAUCAAAGAUUUAUUUAAAAGCCUACUGAAUGGAAAAUCCUUUUCAAAUAUGGUAUUUUGAGGAUGUAGAUUGUAUCACAUGUUAAUAUUCCAGCAAAUUGUCACAAAAUGAAAUUGUAUAAAGUAAAAUGCUACCUAUAUUUGAUAACAAUAUGAUAAUAUAAAAAUCCAGAUUUUUACUGCA